GAGGCGAUGGCGACGACGCGCGAGACGUUCGGCGACCGGCACCCGGACACGCUCACCUCGAUCGACAACCUCGGCUCGCUGCUGGAGGCCAAGGGCGACCUGGACGGCGCGGAGGCGCUGUAUCGCGAGGCGCUGGUGGCGAUGCAGGAAACGCUCGGCGACAAGCACCCGAACACGCUCUCCUCGAUCAACAACCUCGGCACGCUGCUUGGCAGGGACAAGGGCGACCUGGACGGCGCGGAGGCGCUGUACCGCGAGGCGCUGGUGGCGAUGCAGGAAACGCUCGGCGACAAGCACCCGAGCACCCUCACCUCGAUCAAAAACCUCGGCGGGCUGUUGUACGUCAAGGGUGACCUGGACGGCGCGGAGCCGCUGAGUCGCGAGGCGGUGGAGGCGCAGCGGGAGACGCUCGGCGACCGGCACCCGAACACGCUCGUCUCGAUCAGCAACCUCGGCAUGCUGCUAAAGGACAAGGGCGACCUGGACGGUGCGGAGCCGCUGAGUCGCGAGGCGCUGGAGGCGCAGCGUGAGACGCUCGGCGACCGGCACCCGGACACGCUCGUCUCGAUCAACAACCUCGGCUUGCUGCUGCAGAAGAAGGGUGACCUGGACGGUGCGGAGCCGCUGAGUCGCGAGGCGCUGGAGGCGCAGCGAGAGACGCUCGGCGACCGGCACCCGAACACGCUCGUCUCGAUCAACAACCUCGGCUUGCUGCUGUACGCCAAGGGCGACCUGGGCGGCGCGGAGGCGCUGUACCGCGAGGCGCUAAAGGGGUUCCGAGAGACGCUCGGCGACCGGCACCCGAGCACGCUCGGCUCGAUCAACAACCUCGGCACGCUGCUGCAGAAGAAGGGUGACCUGGACGGUGCGGAGCCCCUGAGUCGCGAGGCGCUCGAGGGGUUUCGAGCCGUGCUGGGCGACAGCCACCCGAACACA